CGAUAGGUUUUGUGUGCCCUUGGGGCUCGACCAAUCGCAAGUUUGACAAACUCACAUUGCUUUCUGUCUUUCUGGAGUUAUGGCAAGUACAGAAACAGUAAACUAUUUGGGAAGAUCUGUUGUUUUAUCGCUGGGCCUUCGCAAAACGGCAUCUGUUCAUUGUGACAGCUUCCAUCUUCCUCUAUAUUGGCUUUCCUCUGCUGUCUCCGUAGUUAGGAGGUGCGAGGCUCUGAUUCUGUGAGAAGUCAUGAACAAUCGCUCCUCUAUAUCCUGGUGGUUGGGUCAGCUGGGGCUGUCGCAGUACAGCAAGGUGCUGGAGAGAGAGUAUUAUGGCUUAGAGGGUCUCCUGUGUGUGACGGAUGCUGAUCUCAGAGAGGCCGGGGUUGAGAACCAGUCUGACAGGGAGCUCAUCCUCUCUCAUAUCAAACAUCACAAUGAGAGCCAAUACAGCGGAGGAGGCUCACCUGGCUCCCACUGUUCUCCAGCCCCGAGGAGGGUAACUCGGAAGCACUCCCUCGGCUCCUCCCUGGACCUGCUGCGCUCUCCCAAGCGUUUCUCCGGUCACGGCUUCAGCCUGUUUCGUCAGAGCAUCCUGCCCCGACUGUGCAAGAAAGACAAGACCUCGUCCUGCAUCCAGCUCCCCACCUUGCAGGAGAGCCAGAGCACAGCCACCUCAACACUGAGACAACCCAGCGCCCUGCAGAAGAGCCAGAGCACAGCCACCUCAACACUGAGACACCCCAGCGCCCUGCAGGAGAGCCAUAACACAGCCCCCUCAACACUGAGACACCCCAGUGCCCUGCAGGAGAGCCAGAGCACAGCCACUUCAACACUGAGACACCCCAGCACCCUGCAGGAGAGACAGAGCACAGCCACCUCAACACUGAGACACCCCAGCGCCCUGCAGGAGAGACAGAGCACAGCCACCUCAACACUGAGACACCCCAGCGCCCUGCAGGAGAGACAGAGCACAGCCACCUCAACACUGAGACACCCCAGCGCCCUGCAGGAGAGACAGAGCACAGCCACCUCAACACUGAGACACCCCAGCGCCAGGGUAACAGACACAGCAAGGGCAAAGCCGCUCACUGAGCCCCUGCACAAUAGGUAAAGCACACAGCCUGCUCUUCUAUCUAUC